AUGUCUCCCACUGUCCUCGCACUGCUGGCCUUGUUCGCAGCAGGCGUACUGUACGCCGUGCUUUUCGUGGGCAGGCGGGAGAAGCACCUGCCUCCGGGACCACCAACCUUGCCAAUCUUGGGAAACAUCUCGCAGAUCCCUCUCAAGUACUCUCACUUCAAGUUCACAGAAUGGGCUCGCCAAUAUGGCGGCAUUUACAGCCUCAAGUUGGGCACUGGUACAGCCGUGGUCAUCACGGACCGCCGACUGGUCAAGGAGCUGGUUGACAAGAAGAGCUCCAAGUACUCCACCAGACCAGACUCCUACGUCGCCAAUCUGAUCAGUGGCGGCGAUCACGUUUUGUUGAUGAAAUAUGGUCCACAAUGGAGAGACAGCCGAAGGUUACUGCAUGGUCAAUUCAACGAGAAGCUGGUGGAGGAGCGGCACAUCAAGUUGCAGGAAGCUGAAUGCCGACAAAUGAUCCGCGACUACCUGCUCAACCCGGCCGAUCAUAUGUUGCAUCCUAAGCGCUUCAGCAACAGCGUGACUAUGAGCCUGGUAUGGGGCGUGCGAACUCCAACUCCGCAGACGAAGCACAUGCAACGUCUCUACAGCUUGAUGGAUGUCUGGUCAAAGGUCAUGGAGACUGGCGCCACCCCACCCGUUGACAUCUUCCCAUUUUUGCACUAUCUGCCUCAAUCCUUCUUCCUCAACUGGGUCGACCGGGCGACUCACGUGCGCAAUGAGAUGAAUUCGCUCUACUCUGACUUUCUCUCCGAUAUUCGCACUCGUCGUGCAGAAGGAGGCAGCCGCGACUCGCUCAUGGAUUCGGUGCUCGACUCAGCCGCCAGUGAGAAGCGCUUGAAUGGACUGUCUUACAAAGACCAUGAGUUGUGGUUCAUCGGUGGCACGAUGACCGAGGGAGGCUCCGAUACCACAGCUUCGAUUCUCACAGCUUUUGUUAACGCCAUGUGUGCUUAUCCGGAGAUCCAAAAGAAAGCGCGAGCUGAGAUCGAUGCCGUCGUCGGCUCUGAUCGCAGCCCGAAUUGGGGAGAUUUUAAGUCACUUCCCUACAUUGCACAAUGCGUCAAGGAGACCAUCCGAUGGCGUCCUGUGACCCCGCUAAACUUCCCUCACGCUCUAUCUGAAGACGACUGGGUCGAUGGUAAAUUCCUACCAAAAGGUACCGUUGUUAUUGUCAACGCUUGGGGCCUGCACAAUGAUCCACAAUACUUUACCAACCCUGAGGCUUUCGAUUCCGACCACUUCAAAGGCUGCACUACGCCCGCCGCCGAACUCGCAGUAGGAACUCCAGAGAAGCGCGACCACUAUGGAUAUGGCACGGGUCGUCGAUUCUGUGCGGGUGUCCAUUUGGCAGACCGCAGCCUCUUUAUUGCCAUGGCGAAAUUGCUUUGGGCUUUCGAAAUUUUGCCUGGCUUCCUUGUCUGCUGUAACGACUUCGAUGCUCAGUUCAAUGUGCGGUCCAAGGCCAUGGAGGAGACGAUUUUGCGAGAGUUUGAAGAGAAGAAAGGCAUGUUUGAUAAAUUUGCUCUGAGUGGGAAUGAAAAGGCAUGA